AUGAGCGAGGAGAAGAAAACAAUUGUUAGAGAUUUGGGAUUUGGUGGCCUGAUGCACAUCCCGCCGCUAAAGGUGCAUCACCAAAUAUUAAGGGAGUUGGCUAACUCCUUUAAAUUAGGAGAAAACAGACUAGAAACUGGCUACGGUUCGUUUAAAGUAAGACAAAAAAUAAUAGGGGCUGCGCUUGGCAUCAAUGCAUUAGGAGAUCUAUUUCCUCAGAAAGUCAAUUAUAAGGAUCUUUCUGAAGACGACAAACAAAUUUUUAGAAGAUUCCAGGGUAAGACCCUCAAAAAUUUGACAGAUGAGAUGAUGACUAUUGGCGUUGGUAAUGAACAGGAUCGCCUCAUGUUCAAGAGGAUUUUCAUCCUCUAUAUACAGAUGGCGUUUCUGUUACCAACAACAAUAAACAAAAUCUCACAUGUGCACCUGGCACCAAUUUUCAAGAUGGACACAAUAACAGAGCAGAAUUGGGGAGCACAUGUUUUGAAUUUUAUCAUCAAGGGCAUAACAAAUUACAAUCUGAAAAAGAAAAAGGCAAUUGACGGCUGCCUAUCUGAAAUUGGAACUGAAGAUUUAGAUGAAUUCUUAAGGGAAAACAAUGAAAAAUCUGCUGCACAGGGAAUACUGGACGUAAACUUGGGAAGUGAUGAUCCCUCCUCUCAAGGACACACAGACCAAAGUAGCGUAAACAAACUGGCAGAGAGCAUGUAA